UAGUGUUUGAAGUGACUUGUUGCAGUCAGCAGUGUAGCGUUGUGGUCCUAAGCAAUGAGAAAUGCCGGUAUUGUGAUCGCUCUAUGAAAAUUUGGUUAUUUUCUUCAAGUGCCUAGUUUUCUAGUGAAGAUUGUGUCUAUCUAAGAAAAGGUGUAUUACUGUUGGUGAUUCCUUUGUAUUACGACUUCAAAAAUACUUUGUUAAAGCAAAAUAAGUACGAAAAUAUUAAAAAAGUGUGUUUGUAAAUUGUGUUUCGUUUUACUUUCAACUGAUGCGCCGAAAUGGCGGAAGAAACCACACCAUUAACCGCUGGAAUGUCACCGCCUUUGGGGCCAGCUUACGUUUUCCCAGGCGGUGUGUCGCCACGUUCGCGCCGUUAUCGGAAAAUGCAACAAUUUCAAUACUGUUUAGGCAUUACUGUUGUACUCAUAAUUGUUGUUGCUUUAUUUAUUGCCCUCUCGCUAGUCCAAGAACCAAACGAUUCGCCAACACCUAUGAUAAAUACUAUUAUGGCAAUAUCAAAUGUAACAACACCGGCGAACAGCAGUGUGGAUGCAAGCGCUGCUGUCGAAGCCACAGCAGUGCCGUUGGCCGAUGAACCCACCACUGAGUGGGCACUAAACCGAGUGCAAAUGAACCGCAUUCAAAGCGAUCAGGCAGUAAGUGCUGGUAUCAAAGCAUUGGGAGAUCGCGAACUGUUAGAGGAGAGUCAGCAAUCGACGCCGGUGGACAGUCCCGCCUUUCGACAUUAUCGCUCACUUAAUACAGAUCCCGAGUCGCGAAAAAUAGCUCGUCGUGGCUAUGUAGAAAAUCAUGCAACAACGCAAAUAGCUCAACUGUUGAAUUAUACGAAACCUUAUGGGCGCUAUAACAUCGGCUUUGGACCAACGAUAAAGUUGCCAGAUCCAAUGAUGAACUUCAAAUGCGAUUUUAAUGCGCGUUAUCGCAGCGCAAAUGGCGUGUGCAACAAUAAGGAGCAUCCUCGGCUCUAUGGCGCAGCGAUGGUACCAUAUCGGCGCAUGGUGGCGCCUGAUUAUGCGGAUGGUAUUUCAUUGCCUCGUGCAAGUCACACGGGCAAUGAGUUGCCGCCGGCGCGUAAAGUAUCUUUGAAUAUACAUCGCGCAUCCUACGAUACAGAUUCCAAUUUUACCGUUAUGCUGGCAGUUUUUGGCCAGUUUCUCGAUCACGACAUCACUGCAACAUCGUUAUCUUCCUCACAGGAAGGCGAGUCGAUCGAUUGUUGCGUAUUGCCAACAUUAAAUAUACAUCCUGAAUGUUUUCCUGUGCCCAUAUUGCCAGAUGAUUCUUAUUAUCAGCGGUAUAAUGUAACCUGUUUGAAUUUUGUGCGCUCUGCUCCCGCUUCCACUGGACAUUUUGGACCACGUCAGCAGCUAAAUCAAGCCACAGCUUUCGUCGAUGGUUCGGCGGUGUAUGGCAAUACCGAUCAGCGGCAACGUCACUUACGCACCAUGCUCAACGGUACAUUGCGCAUGUAUAUUACCAACGAUGGGCGGGAAUUACUGCCGUUGUCUACCGAUCUGGACGAUGGUUGUAAUCGCGUGGAAAUGACACGCGAGGGAAAGUAUUGCUUUGAGUCGGGCGAUGAUCGUUCCAAUGAAAAUUUGCUUUUGACAUCGAUGCACUUGCUAUGGGCGCGCCAUCAUAACUACUUGGCACGUGGAUUGCAAGAAGUCAAUCCGCAUUGGAAUGACGAGACGGUCUUUCAGGAAUCGCGUAAAAUAUUGAGCGCACAAAUGGCGCACAUCGCAUACAAUGAGUUCUUACCAGUUCUAUUUGGACGCAAGUUGGCUGAGAGAAAGGGCUUGUUGCCGAAUACUGACAAUUUAGAUGAGCCAGAUACCUACAAGGAAAAUGUGGAUCCACGCAUAGCGAACUGUUUUGCAGGAGCUGCUUUUAGAUUUGCGCACACCAUGCUGCCGAGUGUACUUAAUGCGACACGUGACAAAAGUGCGCCUGAAUCCAUUGAACUACACAAAAUGCUCUUUAAUCCCUUUUCGCUUUGGCCGGAGGAAGGCAUUGAUCGGGCACUUAAGAUAGCUAGCGAUACGGCUGUGUUGCGUGUUGAUCGUUUCUUUUCAUACGAAGUAACACAGAAGAUAUUCGAAAGUAAUGGCGGAGAAAGCUUGCCAUUACGUUGUGGUCUCGAUUUAGUUUCACUCAAUAUACAACGUGGGCGUGAUCAUGGCUUACCAGCAUAUCCGGUGUACCGCAAGCAUUGCAAAUUGCCGCCGGUGGAUACGUGGGAAGAAAUGGCAAGCGCCAUUAAUGCAGAUACCUUGAAGUCGAUUCAGGAUAUUUAUAAUUCGCCACAUGAUGUGGAUGUAUAUACGGGCGCACUGAGUGAACCACCCUUGGAAGGUGCUAUUUUCGGACCACUUUUGACGUGUUUGAUAUCUGAUCAGUUUAUGCGGCUGAAGAGAGGUGAUUCCCAUUGGUAUGAACGGAAGGUGGGACCGCAAAGAUUCACGAAAGCCCAGUUAAAUGAAAUCUACAACAUCACCUUGUCGAAGAUCAUUUGUCGGAACUCCGAUGCCGUGCAACAGGUGCGAAAAUACGUUAUGGAACAGCGUAAAGAUGCUGGUAAUGGAUAUGUAAAUUGCAGCGAAAUUGAACACUUCAACUUUAGCGCUUGGACGACUUCACCGCAACCAGUCAAGCUGCACAGCGUCGCAGUUAGUGAAACAAAAAGUUUUAUUCGCGUAAUUAAAGAAACGAGUAACGACACGAUAUCAUCGACUUCUACAAGAAAUGAGCGACACAUUGGCGCAUAAUCAUAGAACCGCGUUAAGCCCAGGCUUAGUUAAACUGGUAUUUAAUAUUUGGAACUGGGUUUAGUUUCUUUACCAUUGUCAAUUUAGUACUAUGUUUUAGUAAGAACCAGCUUCGACACAAAUCUAUUGUAUUCUAAUGCCACCUGGCAAAUAUAUGUUUAUAAAUUUACAUUCAAAAAUUUUGGUUUUCCUGCUAAAUUUGAAAAUGAAAAACGGCAGCAGACCAAGAAGUAAGUAAGUUUCGAAUAAAGUUAUGUAUUUAAUAAUAUAUUGAUAUA